AGGUAUGGAAAUAAUUUGAGAUGUGAAUUUUGAAAACAUGUGUUUGGGGAUUGGAUGUUAUUCUCAGUGAUGAAGCCAUAUGGCAUAUCUUUGUAGCACAAACUUUAGGAAAACAAACUGGUUUAUGAACUUCAGAUGGAAAUGCUCAUGAAAUAAUGUGUAUAGAUGGUCUCUAUGCUGCUUUUCCUUAGCUGAUUAAAUGUAAUCUAAAUCAGGGCAUGUUUGAAGUCAUGCUUUGAAUUUUAUUUAAAAAUACUUAAUUUUUUCCCAGAAAUUUCAAAGACCUUUUUUAACUUAAAUAACAUAACUUUUAUUUUGAAAAGCGGGAGUUGUGCACAGGUAUUCCGUUAAAUGUAUAAAAGAUACAAAAUUAGCUGAGAGGAUUCAGUAUGUAUGUGAGUGAGUGAGUGUAUAAGUAUGUAUAUAAUUUGUUACUUUAAGAAUUAAAGAUAUAUAUGGGAAAAAUGAAUUUCUGAAUUUACAUCUCUGUCCAGUUGAUGGCGGUAAUACACAAAGUUUGUAAACUGCCAGCAAACGCUAUAGAAGAAGAAGAAGGUCUACCCGUUGUCAAGCCUGUGUUAUGAAAUGUGAGGAAGAAAAUGUUCAACGAUAAAUUUGUCUUGGAUUGAGCGAGUUUCUUCAAAGAGAGAAGAUCAUGUCAGCAAUCAAGGUCGCCCUACAGCACAGCCCAAAGGGUGGGAGGCAUAAAACCUCUAAGGCGAUGUCUGCAGAGGUGUCUCCAGACUCCAAGUGCCCCAUCUGUUUGGACGUAUUUCAUAAUAUGUCUUACUUGGACCGCUGCCUCCAUAAAUUUUGCUUCCGCUGUAUUCUGGAGUGGUCAAAGAACAAACCUGAGUGCCCACUGUGCAAGCAGCCAUUUAGUUCAAUCUAUCACAGCAUAAAAUCAGAUGAGGACUUUCAAAAAUAUGAACUGAAACAGCAGGUGGAAAAUUCCUCAUUUGGUUAUUUCGAAGGGGUUCGGUUUCGAUACCGAACGACACUCACUGGAGUUCAUCGACAGAUGAGAAGAACCUCUCCGCCUCCAGAUAACGGAGUAAUGUUUGAAGCUUCCUCAAAUUUACCCCAGCAGAGACAGGAUCGAUACAUUCGCCGCAUGAUGAUGAGGCUGGCGGCUAAGAGGAGAGCUGAAAGUGAAGGCAGAGCCGUGAACAAUGUCAGGGAGCAGGAGAUGAUCAACUUCAGAAGGGAGCUGUACAGAAGGGGAGUAAGGGUGAGGAAUGUGAGAGACGGCGGGCGCUCCAGAGACACAUCUGCUGAAUUUUAUAGAAGAAAUCCUGCCUGCCUACACAGACUCGUCCCGUGGCUAAAAAGAGAACUGAUGGUGCUAUAUGGGGCCCACGGCUCUUUGGUCAACAUAGUUCAGCAUAUCAUCAUGUCACGCAUUACACGCUACGAUAUGGAGGACGGGGCCAUCCAGGAAGAGCUCAGACCUUUCCUGCAGGGUCGUACAGAACACUUUCUGCACGAAUUCAUCAAUUUUGCAAAGUCCCCCUUCAAUAUGGAGGCCUACGACCAACAUGCCAUUUAUGAUUGCCCUGCACCCUCCUCCAAUGAGCACAGCAGCUCCAACUCCUCAGUAAUCGCCAUUUCAGAGGAUGAGGAAAACUCUGCAGAGAUGGAACCUCCUGGGAACUCUGGAUCUACUCUGAGUCAGUCUUUGUGGGACGAUGAGACCCCUGGGCCUUCGUAUUCAACAACAAUGGAGCCCAGCAGGCAAGACCUUCAGACAGUCCUGGACUUGGAUUCAGAAAGCAGCUCAGAAGACGAACAGCAAAUGUUUGGUGCUUCUCUGCCACAAAUUAGAUCUUAUAGCCAAUCAGAUGUUGCUCAUGCUGAUGGCACCAAUGAAAUCUAUGCAUCUUCUGACGGUGAUGACUGUUUUAUUGUGGGAUAUGUUAAGCCUACAACAGAAAGGACUCCAGAGCUGGUUCAUCUGUCUUCUGACUCUGAUGGUUCUUCUGUUGAGGAGAACCAAGAGGCUCCUCCUCAGCCUCAACACAUUCGUUUCACCAGCUAUAGUCCUGCAAAUUCACACAGUAGUAAUUCCAGUGAGGCUGGAGAAACUAAAAAUAGCCAUCAUCAGUCCUCCUCUAAAGAAAGUCUUGGCUCAAACGCAUACAAUACUUCAACUGGUCGAAGAAAAGAUAAAAAGUUUGACAGUAGGGAGAGAUCUAUUGAGGGACGUAAAUCAAAGGAGAGAGACCACAAGAGAAAGAAGAGACACUCAAAGAGUAGAGGGUGCAAGUACUCUAGCAAAAGUCCAGUCAUUUCUCAACGCACUCUCAGUUCUCAUGCCCAUGGUGGAAACUUCUCAAAAAGUGAUGGAAUGCAUGCAAGGAGGGACAACGACCACAGCUACCAGUCUUACACCCAUUACAGACGAGAGAGGAACGGUAACGUAACUCACUACACACAGAGACGAUCCUACUAUUACAGCAGCCACAAGUACUCGCGCUCUAAAUCCAGGAGCCGCAGCAGGGACUCACCCCACCGACGAGACAGGAGGCGGUCUCGAUCCAGAGCGUUUUCCAGCAGCUGCUCCUCUUCGCCGGAAAGGAAAUCUCAUCAUGACAAGCCUGGCGGCAAAAGGAAAUAUAAAGCUAAACAUUUGGCAGAACCAUCCAAGAGCACCCAAAGUGGCCAAAGUGACUCCAUGUCAUUGACAAAACACAAGAAGAAAAGCAAAGAGAAGCACCAUAAAAGAUCCAAAGAGAGGUCAGGGAAGAGAAGCAGGAGUGGCAGCACAGAGGUCAUCGGUGAGCGACACAAGCACCACCAUAAGAAGAAGAAGAAGCACAAGAAGAAAAGUAAAAAAAGCAAGAGUUCCGAGCGCAAAGCAAAGUCCUCACCGAAUGUCAUUACAAUUGAAAGCGACAAUGAGUCUUUUGCCAAUCACAGCAUCACCCCUGUUAGUAGAACUACUGAAAAUGCUUUGAUCGAUAAUACUGCUGAUGAUGGAGAAAACCCUGCCACGGUGGACCAAGGUUCACAAUCAAAUUGAUGGAUUAAGUAUUAUGGAGCUUGCCACAAGUAUUUUGCUUCAGAAGAGCCUUUAAACUAUCAGGUGUUCAGUUAUUUUGUUUUUAUUGUUGCUAUGUUUUUUCACAGUAAAUUCCAUGUAUCACUGAUGUUUGUCUGACAAAAAAUGUAUGUUCUACAAUUCAAAACAGAUUAUCUUUAAUGACAUUUUGUAUCAAAACUGUCUGGAAUGCCCACCAUGUAAAGUGUUAUUAAAUGAUGUUUUACAUGACAAGGCAAACGAGGUAGAGGGGUAAAUAUUUUUGAAUUGUAUAUUUUACAAGCGCGAGAUGUUAUUUUGUUAAAAUAUUGAAAAAUUGCUAUGUGUAGAGGUAUCUGUAUAUUCAGGGAUUUUAAGCCUUUCUGUCAUAAUUAUGGCACAGUUUUUUUUUAACUGCCAAUCAUUCAGUUGUUACCAUUAAAAUGGGACUUGGAUUUCAAAAAGGACAUUUUUUUUUAUCAAGUUCAAGAAUUAAUUCAAAUGGGUUACUGUGGAUAAUGUUUUACUGGUGAUGUUUAUAUAAUGAGCAGGUUAUUUGUAGAUGCAUUAUGCACUUACUAUUUUUUAUAGUAAUUCUCCUGAUUUAUUUUUAAGUUGCAACAAAUCUCAGGAGACUCCCAAAAGAUUAACAUAUUGAAAACACAAUACAUUUGUCUGAAACAGGAUAAACAUACAACAUGUGCCACACCUACUGGCACUUGAUCUAAAAAGAGUAGAUAAAUAAACGUUUAUAUUUUUAUUCUGAAAAAACUUUUUUCUACCCUUCUUAGAAAUCUGUCAAGUCAGUUUAAGUAAUCAUUUUGAAUUUGAAUCUACCAGAGGUAGGAAUAUCUUCUUUGGAGAUCUUCAUCUAUUCUAGCAUAAGUUAGAAAUCAAAUCAAGUGAUUUCAUAAUAGUAAAACAGUGCGUGUUUGUAUCUUUACAUACUUCUGCGGACAGAAGUGUAUUAAAACAAGAUUAGAUAUUACAUGAAGUCCUCUUUUUUAACUUGGUCUCCCAUCCAGAAGGGGGCAAUCUAGUAACAAUGAUUUCUCUCAAAAAUGGACAAGACCGACUCAGAUUUCGCAGGCACUGAAGUUACGGCGACAUCUAGUGGCUGGAAUAAUAAUUAAAAAAGUUGGAAAGCAAAUUUUUGGCUUUUAUUUAAAUUACUGUGAUUCUUUUUUAAGACAAUUGCUUGUUACGUACAAACGACAUGACCUUUUAGAGGUCUUAAAGAAAAAAAAGUGGAGUUGAAACUUCAUAAAAUUGACACAAUAAAAACCUUAAAUUGAUCAGUGAGCUCCUUUCUGCUUUUAAA